UUAACGUUAACUUUCCUCAGACAUACUCUACGAAACGCAAUUAACGACGGCGUUCACUGAUAUCAGUAGGAGGAUAAAAGUUUUCUACCGCGGCUCGUGCAUAUUGUUUGUUACGCGCGCACUGUUUCCCCGUAAACAGUUUGUGAAUAUUACAGAAGAGCGAGUAGAUUCAACACCCCCUGCUUCUCCCUGGGGCGUCUCCUUUCAUAUUCGUUACCUGGUUACAGCCUAGCGAUGGCGUAGAGCGAUGUAAUGUUGAGCCGAGGACUUCCCGUGCCAUACGGUUUGCGGUGGCACAUUGCAAACGAGUUGUAUAGACGCAAUGUAAGUCGGGCUCUAAGUCCAAAUGACUGACGAACAUCUGCCCAGCUGAGUGAGCGAGUAGCAAUUGAUUUAGGUUUUGUUAAAAGCUGUAAAGAUUUUAGCUGUCAAGUAAAGAAUUACAUGGCGCUCGCAUUCCGAACGUAGUCUAGUUUUUCAUAAUUCUUUGGAUAUCUACAACGCACAUUUCCAGGAUCUGCGUUGCAAAAACAGUUUCAGGUAAGAUGAAACUAAGAAUGUUAGAAGAUGCUGAGGCGAGAUGAGAGACAGAACAGAAUGCUAAGGAGAGACGACUGAAACUACUGAAGUGGGAACCAGAGAGGCAGAAAAUAAGGACUAAUGCAGUAGCCCAAGGGUGGACAGACUAGUGAUCAUUGUGGGCUUGUAAGCAAGGCACCAUGGAUUUUACCAGCACAUACCCUUUAGUAGACCAGUUCAACGACAGCGCCAAUGACUCGUGCAACUUCACUAACAGCAACAAUACGAUGCUGGAUAACCCGCAUGGCGCCAUAUCCAGCGUGCUCAUCCCGCUCAUCUACUUUGUGGUGUGCGUCAUCGGCCUGGGCGGCAACACGCUGGUCAUCCACAUCGUGCUGCACUACUCCAAGACCGAGUCGGUCACCAACAUCUACAUCCUGAACCUGGCCAUCGCCGACGAGCUCUUCAUGCUGGGCCUGCCCUUCUUGGCCGUCCAGGGCGCGCUGCACUCGUGGCCGUUCGGCUCGCUCAUGUGCCGCCUGGUGAUGACGGUGGACGGCAUCAACCAGUUCACCAGCAUCUUCUGCCUCACAGUGAUGAGCAUCGACCGCUACCUGGCCGUGGUGCAUCCCAUCCGCUCGUCCAAGUGGCGCCGGCCACAGGUGGCCAAGGUGGUCAACGCCACCGUGUGGCUGCUCUCCUUUACCGUGGUGCUGCCGGUGGUGGUGUUCGCCGGCGUGCACAGAGGCCACUGCAACAUCAUCUGGCCGGAGCCGGAGAGCGUGUGGCGCGCCGCCUUCAUCAUCUUCACCUCCAUCAUGGGCUUCUUCCUGCCGCUGCUGAUCAUCAUCCUGUGCUACCUGCUCAUUGUCAUCAAGAUCCGCAGCUCGGGCAAGAAGGUGCACGCCACGUCCACCAAGCGGCGCAAGUCCGAGCGCAAGGUGACGCGCAUGGUGAUCAUCGUGGUGGCUGUCUUCGUGCUCUGCUGGCUGCCCUUCUACGCGCUCAACAUCCUCAACCUGAUCAUACGUCUGCCUAACGUGCCCAAGGGCCUCUUCUACUUCGUGGUGGUGCUGCCCUAUACCAACAGCUGCGCCAACCCCAUCAUCUAUGGCUUCAUGUCGGACAACUUCAAGCGGGGCUUCCGCAAGGCGCUGUGCCGCUCGUCACGCCGCGUGGACAACCACGACCUGGCAGACGGCAGCGGGCAGCGUGGCGGCGGCCGGCAGCGGCCGGAGGAGCCCGGGGAGCCGCAGGACGAAGAGCUGCAGCAGCUGCAGCAGCAGAGGCGCCACGUGCUCAUGCCCCGCGAGAGCCUGCGCAGAGUCGUGCGGCGCGGCGGCGACGAGGAGGAGGAGGACGACGAUGACGAAGAUCAGGAGGAGGUGACGGAGAUGACGGAGAUCUGCAAGAUCGCGCAGAACGGGAACGGGAACAUCAGCCGGCAACAGGCCGAGACCUCGUGCGCACUGCUCUCCGACAAGGUGGCAGCCUCAGAGGCGCAAGAGCUUAUCUCCCCUAACGGGAGGGGGGCGGCGGCGGGGGAUUGCCUAGGGAAAGCCCCAGGUUUUGGGCCCCCAGGAACUGUGCCGGCCUUACUUAAUGGAGCUAAAAACGGAAGUGUCAAGCCGUUGCCAGAGGAACCAGUGGAGAAGAACCCUCUGCUGGAGAUCAGCUAUUUGUAGUGUGAAAAUUUGUUACUGCAUCUUACUUGAAAUAGAUUUACAGUAUUAUUGAUUUCACUCCUCAGCAGACUUGCUCAUGGUCUUGAACUUCUUUUUUUUUUCAGUGAUAGCGGAACAAAACUUAUCUUAUUUAAAGGUCUGUGUUAAUGUCAAGAUAUUUGUUAUGUGGCAGACUGAUCUCUCUUGGAGGCAAUUUCUCAAUGCCUGACCUUUGAGUAUAUAGCAUACAUCCAACUGUGACCAUUUGUGACUUUACAAGAAAAAUGAACAGAUGAGUACAUACACAUCAUGAAUGCACAGAGAGGACAAAACUCAACCAUUAUGUGCAUAGUAUCUGCAUGUGCCUUUAUCUAGAUUUGGCGUGGGGAUAUUUAGCUUAUCUCUAGCUGUCAGUCUCCCAUAAUUGAGCAUUGCAGUGUUCUCAGGUACAUCGAUUUAAGACCCCGGGGGUUUAGUUGGUUUUUGAGAUCCCAGUGUGAGUCCAACGCUAAGUGCUCAUAAUCACUCUUACUACCCAUAUUAGCAUUUCCUCAACAAAAGAUGAGCAACCAACCAAGCACGGAAAUGAUCAAUACGAACCAUUUUCUUAACAAAAGACUAGCCACCUAAACACACAUUUCAAAGGCGGCUCUACCAAAUGCCGCAGAGAUGGUAUGAAAUUUCUCCGACACUCACAAAUAAAUUUGUCAUUGUCACAAAUUUGCCGUCUCCCAGCAGUCGUGCCCAAAGCGUUGAGUGCGAGCUCCGCAAUCCUCCGCAUUGCCUUUAAUCAGCCUAAAUGAGGUGCAGCUGCACCUUGUUGACGCACGGCAAGUGUUUACCAGUCGCCACCACUUAAUGGCUGAUAUUUUGGUACCCAGACAGGUUUUUAUGGUGGUCGAGAACAGAGCAGGGCAUGAGGGGAGGGUGGUGGUUUGCACCUGUGGCACACACCACUAUCAGGCAGCAGAGGCAGCAGCAUUUAUUGCUGGGUGGCUCACGGAGGACUUGCACACUAGUGAAUAACAUCUAUCAGCACUUUAUUAGCCACGUUUAAAACAGCAUCACUUUGCCUGCCUGGUGAGGACAGGAUUUCCACGUAGCUUCUGGGUUGAAAAGCCCAGAUCCAUUUUAAGGGAUGUUUCUGGGCAGAUGAAGGCGGACAGGCAUUUAUCCUGUGAAGUUUUUACAUGGUUCAUAGAUUCUUUUUGUGUGGGAGGUCAUUUGGAAUCUAGUGUACAUAUUUUGAAAAUGUGAAGAGAUUUUAAGCUUAUUUUGGGAUCUAAUGUUGUGGACUUUUACCAUGGAUUAUAAAAACAGCUCAUCAGUGGAAAUAGAUUGAGUGUAAGACAUAAUUUCAA